ACUCAAUUGAUCAUUACUUAACUCCUCGCUGUGGUGUUGCUUUUUUGUGUGGCCAAUUGCGUGGCAAACACGCCGAGUUGUGCCGAAGAGGCCUUUAUCAGCACUGAUAUGGCCAAUUGGCCAGGCAUUCGUGGCAGCCUCGCGAUACCCACUGACUCGAGCCCGCAGUUUCUGCAGCAAUUUCAGUGAGUUUGCGCCCCGAGAAGAUCUCUUGUGGAGGAAAUCUCUCGAUAAGAUUCUCGCACUUUUAUCACCACACACUGAUAGCACUGUGAGUGAGUAACCACCUUGGAGACAAAACACUCGAGAGGAGAAAAUUUUCCAGUCAGUUAGAUGUCUCUCCUCGUGUCACGCACUCUCCUGGCCAACGUCAAGAGAUUCAACUUUGUGCGCAGAAUGUCUUCCACCGGGUACCUCGUUGAUGAUCCCAAAUUCACCUUCCUCCGCGAUCUGGGCCUCGAGAGAGUCAAUGCGGGCGUCUACAGUGGCUCAUGGACGGGUUCAGGGCCAGUGAUCAAGUCCGUGGAUCCUGCCACGGGGCAGGUAAUUGCGGAAGUGAAGACCGGGACAGUUGAGGAGAUGCGCAAGUGCAUCCAGACUGCUGAUGAGGUGUACAAGGAGUGGAGUAGCCUCCCGACCCCCUUCCGCGGGGAGAUUGUCCGGCAAAUUGGGGAUGAGCUGCGAAAAUUCCGGGAACCUCUCGGAAAGCUCGUCUCACUGGAAAUGGGAAAAAUCCAGGGGGAGGGAAUUGGGGAAGUUCAGGAAAUUAUCGAUAUCUGUGACUAUGCUGUUGGACUGUCCAGGAUGUUUGCUGGCCAGGUCCUGCCAUCUGAGAGGAAUCAGCAUGUGAUCCUUGAGAAAUGGCGCCCUCUUGGCUGUGUUGGCAUCAUCUCUGCCUUCAACUUCCCCUGCGCUGUGUACGGAUGGAAUGCCGCCAUUGCCCUGGCCGUUGGAAAUUCCGUUUUGUGGAAGGGAGCUCCCUCAACGUCCCUCGUGGCAAUUGCAACAGCCAGGAUUGUUGCGGAUGUCUUCAAGCGGAAUAAUCUCCCACCUGUUGCCACGCUCUGUCAGGGAGGUGCUGAUGUUGGGGAUGUCCUCGUGAAGGAUCCCCGCGUGAAGUUGGUGAGCUUCACGGGAAGUUCAGCUGUUGGCCAGAAGGUUGGUGUUGAGGUUCAGCAGAGAUUUGGGAAACUUCUGCUGGAAUUGGGUGGGAAUAAUGCCCUCGUGGUUAAUGAUGAUGCCAACUUCGGGAUGGCACUCGAUGCUGCCUUCUUCGGGUGCAUCGGCACAGCAGGACAACGUUGCACAACCACCAGGAGGCUCAUCCUCCACGAGAAGAUCUACGAUGAAUUCCUGGCUAAGCUCAAAGCACGAUAUGAAGGACUCACAAAGAGAGUUGGUCAUCCUCUUGAUGAGAAGACUCUGUAUGGACCUCUGCACAAUCAGCAGGCUGUCGACAACUACCUGAACACAGUGGAGGCAGCUAAGAAAGCCGGAGCAACAAUUCUCGUUGGUGGGAAGAGGAUGGAUCGUCCGGGAUUCUUCGUUGAGCCAACAAUCAUCACGAAUAUUCCUCAUGAUUCCCCUGUUGUUAAGACCGAAACCUUCGCCCCCAUUGUCUACGUUCUCAAAGCCAAGGAUCUUGAUCAGGCCAUUGAGUGGAACAACGAGGUCGAUCAGGGACUCUCCUCGGCCCUCUUCACGCGUGACGUUGGCAAGAUUUUCCAGUGGAUCGGCAAUCAUGGCUCCGACUGUGGGCUCGUGAACAUCAACACCUCCCCGUCGGGCGCCGAAAUUGGCGGAGCUUUUGGCGGCGAGAAGCACACCGGCGGUGGCCGUGAAUCCGGCUCCGACGCAUGGAAGCAGUACUGCAAGAGGUCCACAAUCACGCUGAACUACUCGUCGGAGAUGCCACUGGCUCAGGGGAUUGUCUUUGAGUAAAUAUUUGCCCAAACUGCGAAUGUGAGAUUAUCCAUCCACCGUAUCACGGUGACUCUUGGAUUUUGACCCAAAUCACCUGCUUCUGGAUCUCCGCAGCGCACACGGAAUGUUCUGUUCAUGAUUUGAAGCACAAAUAAAGCUCGUUAGUUUUUUAUGAUAA